AUGGGCCACAUGCGCACUAAGACCACAAAGAAGGAGGCACAGGUCAUCAUCAAGAAGUACUACAGGCGCCUGGGCAAUGACUUCCACACCAACAAGCGCGUGUGCAAGGAGAUUCCCAUUAUCCUCAGCAACAAGAUCGCGGGCUAUGCCAUACAUCUGAUGAAGCGGAUUCAGAGAGGCCCCAUGAGCGACAUCUCCAUAAAGCUGCAGGAAGAGGGGAGGGAGAGGAGAGAAAACUAUGUCCCCGAAGUCUCAGCCCUAUAUCCAGAGAUCAUUGAAGUUGAUCCUGACACUAAGGAAAUGCUGAAGCUCUUGGACUUUGGCAGUCUGUCCAAUCUGCAUGUCACUCAGCCUACAUUUGUGAUGAAUUUCAAAACACCUUGUGGAGCCAUUUAA